UAGUAAUUUCAGGGUGCUUGGUUGUUAAGCAAUAGGCACGUUAGCGCUUCUGGAGUAGUCGCAGUGGAAGCAAAAGGGAUAGCAUAACAUUGGAAGUCGCAAAGAAAAAGAAACUGAAACGUCAAAGUGAUCAAACUAGAUCACCGCCGAUCUGACCCUCUUUCUUCUCUUCUCUUCUUUUCCCUUGUAUUCCUAAGAUUUCGUCCUAUUUUCAAUUCUGAGCCUGAGUUUUGAAGGGAUGGAUUCGAGUUUGGGGCAGCAGGAAUUCGAUUAUCUGUUCAAAUUGUUGAUGAUUGGGGACUCUGGUGUUGGCAAGAGCAGCCUACUCCUCAGUUUCACCUCCGAUGAUUUUCAAGAUCUCUCCCCCACCAUUGGUGUUGAUUUUAAGAUCAAAUAUGUUACUAUCGGUGGUAAACAGCUCAAGCUUGCCAUUUGGGAUACUGCUGGUCAAGAGAGAUUCAGAACGCUCACAAGUUCUUACUACCGAGGGGCACAAGGGAUCAUUAUGGUUUAUGAUGUAACGCGACGGGAAACAUUUACAAAUCUUUCUGACAUAUGGGCAAAGGAAAUUGACCUCUAUUCAACAAAUCAAGACUGCAUCAAGAUGCUUGUUGGAAACAAAGUAGACAAGGAGAGUGAAAGAGUUGUGACAAAGAAAGAGGGAAUAGAAUUUGCCAGGGAAUAUGGUUGCCUGUUUACUGAAUGCAGUGCUAAAACUCGGGUCAAUGUACAACAAUGCUUUGAAGAGCUUGUUUUGAAGAUUUUGGAUACACCUAGCCUCUUAGCCGAGGGUUCUAAAGGGGUCAAGAAGAACAUUUUCAAGGAGAGGCCACCCGAAACUGAUACAUCCACGAGUAGCUGUUGCUGAUAGUAAGAAGUUAUUUCACCCGAAAGUCAAAACCUACCUUUUGAGCAUUUAAGAUCUGAGAGAGCAUAGCAAUACAUCUAUGUUCAAAAUUAGAUUGCUAACAUCUAUUGUAAUUUAGCAACGAUGGAACCAUUGUUCACUAUUUUGUCCAGAAUAUUACGAGUAAUAUGAUGAUGAGGGUUGUUGUCUACA